AUGGCUCGCAUAGCGCAACAAAACCAGAAGAUCAAGGAAAUCCUUCCAACCCUUGCUACAGAGGCAGAACAAAUCGACCAAAUCGCGAAGAUAAGAGGAUGGUUCCGCCCAAAGGAAGACAGCGCGUACUACCCGCUGAUCCAAGAAUUUCUCAAUGAGAAGAUCGAUGUGCAAGAAGCGACAUCGCGCAUUCUCAGACCGAUUGAUGAGAAGAUCAAGGAGGCCAAACUCGACGAUGUAGACUUCAUGGACCUUUGGAAGAGCAUCAUUCACUCAUCAAAGCGAUUAAAGUUCCGCGAUAGCGCUCUGGUUAACCACAAUACGCUUGUCGACUUGGUCAUCGCGUUCAAGGAGCAUUCCAUACCGGACAAUGAGCAAUAUAACUACCUCUACCGGGAGAUGACCGACUUCGGCAUGGCCUGUCGCGAGGCGCUCAACGACUCUCCAGUAGCGCACGACGGCUUCAUUGAGAGGGAAAUUGAGGCUUGGGCGAAUAUGAACUUCUUCUUCGCCCUUGUGGCAGGAAAACAUAUCCAAGACCUUUCCAUGUACGCCCUCUUCGCGCUACGAGAAGCACUCGAGACGCCUCCCAUCGAUGACCCAAUGUCCACAGCCAAUCAAAAGUACGACGCCAACGUUCCUGCAGCUGCAGCCUGGAUACUAGGCUACGGCCACGACCUCUUCCGCAUGGAGAAAGAUCUCACGCCUUCUGACCGCAAACAAGGCAAUCCAGGCCGAGGCGGUGAAUUAUGGAAAGGCAAAGCCGAGUUCAGCAAGGAAAGAUGGGCGUUCUGGAAGGAACGUUUCGCAGCGAUUGCGGACAUGGAGGGCGUGAAGGAACAGACAAAGAUCAACGCCAGGGAUGCGAUACAGGGCAUGGAGAGGAGCCAGACGUAUGAGCACAUAAGGUUCACGUUUGCCGAGGAGGUACUAAAGGAGGGCGAUAUUGAACAACUUGGGGGAGGGUUUCUUCCGUUUGGACGAGAGGCAAAGCGGCAGAAGAGAGAGGACAGCGGGUUUGAAAGCUAA